AUGAUGUUGCUUUAUCCCUGUUUGCCCCACACACAGUGGUGUGACAAGCUGGAGGCUGGCAAGGCGCAGGGGGAGGGGGAGGGGGAGGCACGGACUGGGGAAGGUGCAUCUGCAGGGAAGGCGAAGGGGGGUUCGUCCAUCGAUGCGCUGCUGGCGAAUGAAGUGGCAGCACUCAAGAAACAGGUGCGUGCGUGUGGAGAGGGGGUUGAGGAAACAGGUGUGUGUGUUUUGCAGCGGCUCACAGCACAAACACCCAUCACUUCCCUCUCUCGCAAUCCUCUUUUCCCUCCCUCUUCCUCCCCUUGCCCCUCGUCUUGUCCCUCCCCUUGUCCUGAACGCUCUCACCUGCCUCGGUUUGUGAGUGUGGAGUCUGGGUGCAAGGCACUGCUGUUUGAGAAAAAACGUUUUUUUUUUUUCCUUUGUCCCUCGUCUUGUCCCUCCCCUUCCCUCUCAGCCUCGCCUCGGUUCGUGAGUGUGGAGUCUGGGUGCAAGGCACUGCUGUUCGUGAGGAUUAGAGAGGAUGCCAGGAAGGGGGGGAAGGGAGAGAAGGGAGGAAAGCAGUUGGAGGAGGGAGAGGAGAAGGAGGAGGAGGGUGAGAAGGAGGAGGUGGGGAAGACGGAGGAAGGGGAAAAGGAGGAGGAGAAGGGUGAAGGAGACAAGGAGGGGAAGGAGGGGGAUAAGGCCGGGGAAAAGGAGCAGGAGAAAGAGCAGGAGGAAGAGGUUACAGGAGGAGGAGAGAAGGAACCGGAGAAGGAGGGACAGGGAGGGGAGGGGGAGAAAGGGGAGGCAGGGGGAGAGCAGGGAAGGGUGUCGCCGUGUGAGUUGGCAGAGGCGGUGCUGCGGCAUGCCAAGGCCACCCAGCAGUCAGCCACUCGGUGGGUGUGGGGUAGUGGGUGUGGGGCAGUGGGUGUGGGGCAGUGGGUGUGGGGCACUGGGUGUGGGGCAGUGGGUGUGGGGCAGUGGGUGUGGGGCAGUGGGUGUGGGGCAGUGGGUGUGGGGCAGUGGGUGUGGGGCAGUGGGUGUGAGGCAGUGGGUGUGGGGCAGUGGGUGUGGGGCAGUGGGUGUGGGGCAGUGGGAGUGAGGCAGUGGGUGUGGGGCAGUGGGUGUGGGGCAGUGGGUGUGGGGCAGUGGGUGUGGGGCAGUGGGUGUGGGGCAGUGGGCGGCAAGGCGACAACAUGA